AUGCCGGAGUUUGCUUCUGGCCCCCCGCCAGCCGUUGGCGAGCUGGCGGGGCCUAGCGCGGCCUUAAGAAGUUCCCUGUUGCUGCAGAUUCCCGGCACUAGCAGGAUGAGAGUCUGUGUAGAGCUUGUACUUGCGGGUUACCAGCGGAGGGUUGAUAUUGAGGUAGAAACUGCCAAUGUCCUGUCCUGGUAUCAUCAUGUCUCGAGACUCGAGGCUUCCUGUUCUCCCCAUUACCUAAUCGACCGGAUCCCUCUCAACUAUCCGAAAGUCCGUCUGCCUUUUGUUCUCCGUCUUGAUCUCCGUUUCCCGGCGGACACUCAUCUCCCGUAUCGCGUGCUCUGCUCACUGGCAGACGCAGCAUCCAACGCCACACCACCUGGUCGACUUCCAGCGCCCGGUCUUACCCUCGCACUGCGCGCAGUCGUCCUCAACCUUGGUGAUGUCUUCACGCCUGCCGGGGCAGUCGUCUUUGUAGCAUCGCGUGUGGCCACGCAGAACGCGGUGGCCACAGCGGUGCUCGAUUAUAACCGUGCUGCACAUUGAGGUGAUGGCUCUUUGCACCUGAAGAUUGUCUAUGGUUGUGUGAGUCAGAUCGACAGCCAAGAUGGGGAGAGACGUACGAAUUAUUUCAGCUCAAUGCUGAAGAUGAAUAGAUUACGUAUGUGCCAAGCGAUGAUGUGAAUCGCUUCAAAGUCUUGAUGCAGAUGACGAGCAAGUUGUAUGCCAAGUCCAACAAUUCAUGAUCGGCUGCUGCGCUUUUGUGUAGGAUCCAGGUGCGAGACAAAGGCAACUGGCACAAGUCCAAUAUGAUGAGUUGAAUGUGAGGUGAUGAAUGGAAAGAUGGUGGUUCAGAUUGCUUCCGUCAGCUUAGCCUGAUUCUUUCCAAGGCACGCAUAGGUAAU